AUUUCACUGCAGCAAAACAAGACAAAUCUGCCUAAUAUUGCUGACAUCUAAAGACAGACAGAAUCAGGGUACAUCAGCAGUUCAGCACCCAGAAAAUUCCAAAUUCAUGGCACAUGAAACACCCACAUAACCCAAAAACAGGGGUAAGUGGGAAAUAGCCAAAAUCAUUCAAAUUUAACUGUUACUCAUCGUUAUUAAUGAGAAUAUAUGUAUUAAGCAUCCAAAAUUAGUGAAAAUCAACAAGGUUAAAGGUUUUGGUAGUGAUGGGGGAUGUAAAUCCAGAUUUCAUUCAACCCAGUGAAUACAGAUCAAAUCCCAGCUCUAUCGUCGAAGCCAACGAAAUCCCAGUGAUUGACAUCUCUUCUGCAAGUGAUGCAGUGAUAGGAGAGAUAAAGGAAGCAUGUGAGAAAUGGGGUUUUUUCCAAGUGGUAAAUCAUGGUGUGCCUUUGGAGAUUAGAGAGAAAGUGGAGUUGGCGGCGAGGAAAUUCUUUGGGUUGCCCUUGGAAGAGAAGAAGAAAGUGAGGAGAGAUGAAGAAAAUCCCUUGGGAUAUUAUGAUUCUGAUCAUACUAAGAAUGUUAGGGAUUGGAAAGAGAUUUUUGAUUUUACUGUUGAAGAUCCAACUUUGGUUCCUGCUUCACAUGUGAUUGGAGAUGAAGAGAUUAAGGAACUCAGGAAUCAGUGGCCUGACUGUCCUCCUGAUUUCAGGGAGGCCUGUGAAGAAUACACUCAAGAAAUGAUGAAACUAUCAUUCAAGUUGUUGGAGCUUAUUGCAUUGAGCUUAAGCAUCCCUGCAGAUCGUCUCAGUGAUUGUUUCAAGGACCACACGUCCUUUGUUCGUAUCAAUUACUAUCCACCUUGUCCCUUCCCUGACCUGGCUCUCGGAGUUGGGCCUCACAAGGACUCUGGUGCCUUAACUGUUCUUGCACAAGAUGAUGUCGGAGGACUAGAAGUCAAGCGAAAAACUGAUGGAGCAUGGAUCCUUGUAAAACCCAUACCAGAUGCUUAUAUCAUCAAUGUCGGAGAUGUAAUUCAGGUUUGGAGCAAUGACAAGUACGAGAGUGUGGAACAUAGAGUGAAAGUGAAUUCUGAGAAAGAGAGAUUAUCAAUUCCAUUCUUCUUUAAUCCGUCACACUAUGUUAUGGUUAAGCCUUUCGACGAGCUGAUUGACGAGCAGAACUCUGCUAAGUACAGGGAAUAUAACUAUGGGAAAUUCUAUACUACAAGAAGGCUCAGUGACUUCAAAAAGCUCGAUGUUGAAAAUAUCCAAAUUUUUCAUUUCAGAAUAGUUGAAGAAGACCUCUAGAAAGUAACUUGUAAUAAUGAGGUUGCUAAUAUCAGUAAGAAGUAAAUAACUUUCAAUAACAUCUUUGUUGAUCUAUUGUUCUUCAGCAGUCUUGCUGAAAACUUCUGAACUCCCGGAAAAUAAAUUGUGAUUUAGGUUCCGUUUGGUUGGAUGUAAAAUAUUUUCAAUGUAAAAUGUAGUUUAUAUAUUCUCCUUGUGGUGA